CGCUGCAUUCAUCGAUUUAACUUCCUCUUUAGAAUCAUGGCCGGCAACAAUAAGAAAUGGAGGCUUUUAUGGUCGGAGAGAACUUAUAAUUUACCCGAGGUUAUUGAGAAUUCUGGCAUCCCAGUGCUUGUGAAGGUAGAUGAAGCCAUAUAUGAGAUUAACGAUGAUCGAUUCACACCAGGGGAUUUACUGCAAAUACACUGUAAGAAGACUAUCACCAAAGUUGUAUGUCAUGUAUUGGAGUCAGGUGAUGGAAGUGGAACUCAACCACUAAACAAACAAAAACAGACAGGAACUUUAGCGGAUGAAGAUAUUAGCAUUCCUGUCGAGUACAAACGGCAACUGACCAUUUAUCGUCGUGAUGCAGGACACAAGGUCUACCAAACCGUCCCUCAGCUGGUAGAGGAACGGCCAAGGUUUGCACGUGUCAUCGACGCCUUCACGGACACAAAAGGGAACAUUAUCAGUGCUAAAUCUGACAUUGAACUCUGUCAGGUUGAGAAGGGAGGCGGGCUGUCGUGUGUCUGUGAUGGAUACACAUACAAACUUAGUCUCGAACAACCGAUAAAAUGCCUUCUGCUGUCGGACAAUACAAAGUACACUAUUCAAGAGUUGAUCGACACAUAUCCACUUCCUCAGACCGUGGAAUUCUGUAAAGCAGAAUCACCAAGCCAGCCUAGUACUGCUUACACAGGGGUGAAAGAUCCUUCCCUUGACGGCAAAUUUAUUGAGAUCAAAAGUGUAAUGGAACAGGAUGUUUACAUUGGUACCCUCAAUCCCUUUAUGCCAGCACAAGCGUCAACCAGCAAAAAGGGCAAACGAGGUUCAGAAAUUGUUGUUAUGCCUUUCGAUAGUGUUACCACUUCCCAGCUUGAGGUUAAAAUACCACAGCAGUCGGAUGAUCCCAACUAUGGGAUGAUAAUGGCCAAGACAUCUCCAAAGACAGAUGCUGCUCUAACUGUUAUCAAAGAAACUAUUGACACUGUGAAUUAUCCUAAAGUUUUGUUUAUUCCCAUGAAAAAACCAACACCCCCAGUGCCCUCUAGACCACAGAAACGCACACCUGGUAAUUCACAAGGAAGACCAACGGCACAGUCUAACAAUAAGGGACCAGAUGAUGAUGACGAUGAUAGUGAUUAUGAGCCCAUUGCUCCGCCACCGAAUCCGCCCAAGCCCGGUCCCAGCAAACUAAAGGCGCCAGUUCUACCAAAAACGAAGAAAAGCAGAAGCAAGUCUCUCCCAAGCAAGGAUGAGGUUAACGAUCCGUCUUUAUACUCUUCACAGCCACAAGGACUUAAAUAUGAAGAUGAAGAUGACCACCCAUACGAUGAAAUAACGGACGAGGAAAGGUCGUCAUUACGAGGUCGAAGACCCAAGUCUGAGUCCGAUUCAGUAGAAAGCACCUUAUCCAAAGUACCAUUGAUGGUAAGAGAGAGUUUAUUGAAAGUGCAAACUGAGUUCAGGAACUUUUGGAAGAACAAAAUCACCAAUUCAGUAAGCGAUGAUGACCAACCAUCGUCAGAGAAAAGGCCAGGGAAGGUGCAGAGGUCGCAAUCAAGUAGCUUUGAUAACAAGACUGCACAUGUGAAUUAUAAACAACACGUGAAACCGCCCGUGCAAGAUCCUGGACCAUCAGACGCUGAUGAACAAACUAAACAUGGAAUCGCGUCAAAGACCGGGAAAAAAAUUGCGGACAUUUGGAAGAAGAUGAAAAAACCUGACGUCAAAGAAAUGCAACCCCCAAAAUUUUCUACUCUAGAUACGAGUGAUCUUGCUGAUUAUCUACGCAGGUGCAAUCUAAACGCUAUGGCCGACUGUGUUGAAGAAGAACAACUGAAUGGAAGUUUUUUCCUCGAUACAACCGAUGAGGACCUUAAAAGCAUAUUCGGACUUAACCAAAUACAGAUUAUGAAAUUUAAGAAAAUGCGAGACGAAGGUUGGGAGCCGAAUAAGUAGCAAGCCGUUUAUUGUCACCAUUGAGUCAUUUGUUUUAAUAACUUUUUUUUAAAGAACGAUUUUUCAUCUUUGUAAAUAUAUACAUUAAUUUUAAGUCUUCCAAUACGUUGUGACUGUCUAAUUUUGUGACGUCCACCAUCCUCGAUACUCCAGGGGUCACGCUCACGUACGCUCUCUGCACCCCAGGAAUUUGUCAUAGGAAAAAGGCGCAAAGAUAACUUUUUGAUUAGUCUCAGGUAUUUUUUGACCGAUCGCAAGGCUAUCAGGGGCUACUCAAUCAACCCUAUAAGCUAACUAUAUACAAUACUACAAAAACAAAUGUGUACUGACGUGUAGCCUCUUAAGCAAAGAAAGAGGCCACAAGGAAAAA